GGCUCUUCCUGUCCACUCCCCAUCAACCACUUGCUGCCCUCGUUUUUCUCCCCGGCCCACAGCCUGCCACUCUCUCGUGUCCUCUCUUAACCGUCGCCUUGGCCGCCCGCCAUGGCCUCUCCUCCGAUGCAGCGAUCCCACACCUCCACCAUGAGAGUCGCCUUCGCCAGUCUCCCGCCUUCCCGUGAAUCCCUUCCUUCCCACACCCCGGCGCCCGCUGCCUCCUCGGCCGUGUCGCUGCCGGCUCCACAUUCGCACUCGCCACUCGUGCAUCCUCCUCCACCAGACCGCCCUCCCUCCUCCAGCGAAAAGACACAUCGCCGGCGGUGGUCCUUUGUCAGCUCCUCCAACGCCAGUGCUUCCAGCUGGCCUUUCAGCUUCUUCUCCUCGCACCGUCCGGCCUCGCCGCUCCCCGAUACCCACCCCAUCUCGCAGCCGGCUGUUGUUCCGGAGCCGUCCUCAGUCGUCCAGGCGCCAAUGCCUGUCCAGCCAAGCCCUGUCCGGGUCAAUUCCACCGCCGUGGCUGCGAUUGCCGCCGAUCCAUCUGCAGACGCACAGCUUUCUACCUCCCUUUCCUCGAGCUCGGCGACGCUGUACUCCUCGGCCAGCUCCAUCGAUGCCAAAAGCCCCUCGCUCGAACGAUCGGCCACCAAUUCCACGGCCGUUGCCUCCCUGGUGCCUGUCGCUGCUGACUCUGCGCUGAGGCAGUCGGGCUCGCUACCGCUCUCGCUCUUGGCCGUGUACGCCGGCAUCGAGGACCUGGUCCUCAGGCAUCUUUCCCCUGUGCCUGCCGACCCGCCGGCCCCCACGGCUUCCAUGCGUCGACGCACCUAUGUUGCCUCCCGGAAGCCCAGCGAGCCUGAGGACAAAUCCGCAGCCUCAAAGCCAUGCACCCAUGCUGCCUACAUGAACCAGGAGGGCCGCUUCACGCUCUUCCUCAGCGUCGUCUCCAAGUCGGAGCUCAGCCUCCUGGUCCAUACCAAAGAGCUGCUACCUUCGGACCCAUCGUCUCCCGAGACCCAGUCGCUCAUCGACGACGCCGUGACCCACAUUACCGACCUGCUAAAGAACACCGACCUUGCCAAGGUCAUCAAGGUCGCCCUCGAGCUUGUCGCCUAUCACACCCCUCUCGACUCGCCCAAGCGCCGCAAGUGUCUCAAGAAGGGAGUUGUCCGUGCCCCAGUCGCCCUGCUCGCCCCGGUCGCCCUGGUCGCCCCGGUCGCUACUCCCCAGGUCCCAGUCCCAGUCCCAGCUUCAGCCCAGGCUCCUGCUCAGGUUCCUGCUCAGGUCGCUGUUCAGGCUCCGGCACAAGCCCCUGCACUGGUCCCUGCUCAGGUCGCUCCCGCUGCUCUGCCAGCGGUGUCCAAUGACGACCGGGAGGCUCCCGCCGCCCAUCCGGCCCAGGCCUCGGUCCUGUCUUCCACUCUGCGCCGGAGCUCCUGGCGCCCCAGUCGUUCAUCACCGCCCAACCCCGCCGUCAAUGCUGCGCUCCUGCGGGCUGCCCUCAUGGAGACCUCGCCUGUCUAUUCGCGUCGCCAGUCUUCCCUGUGGGCGAGCCAGCAGAACGGCGAGUCUGAUUCGACGACAUCGUCGCGCGGCGAGGACGACGACCACGGCACCAGCACUGACUACGAAACGGAGCUCUCCCGCGAGCCGUCGUUCAAGGUGCGGGGCUGCAAAGGCUCAAGCGACGCUGACGACCCGGCCCCAUCCACCGUCUCCGAACCCGAGGUCUCCAGGUCCAAGGGCCCGAGGCGGUUCUUUGUGAAUGUCCUGCUCAAGCGAUAAUAGCCGUGCGGCGCUGCCUCGCCGAUGAUUCGCCCUGCUGGGUUUGUUGGCUCGCUCCUCUCGAGUCCAGCAGUCGGAUUGUACCCGAGGAGAUGGGGUCGUCCCCCACCCCCACCUCCUGCCC